CUCUUCCUCACUCACAAAAGUCACAAUUCACAAGUCUACAUUAUCUGCUUUUGUACUAUCCUUUAAUAUUUGUUACUUUCAAAUUAAACUAGCUCUUGCUUAAAUUAAAUCACCCUCUUUACUCUGUACUCUCGUACAUUACACAACCUACUGUUUGUUGGAUUUUAAAAAUUGCAACCAUAUGAUAUCAGGUUACUUAAGUUCCUAAAGGUUAUUGGUUCAAUUCAUGCAUACGCCAAUAAGGGAGCAUACAUUUGGUUCUUAUUAGUUCAAGUCAAAACACGGUCUUCAGAGAUAGUGUAUCUCAACGUCAAACAACUAGAAUGACAGCCAACACCAAGGAUGUGGAAUCUUCAAUACAAUACAAGCUUAGUUCCUUACCCUUAAUAUCCUCCAAAUGCUGCAUUUAUAAGGUGCCUAGGUAUAUCCGAGAGGUAAAUAGUGAAUGUUAUCUGCCUUCGAUUGUUUCAAUUGGUCCAACGCACUACAAAAACCCAUCCCUAAAAUCUUCGUUAGAGUUAAAAUUAAAUCAUCUGAAAUGCUUUUUAAAAAUCGCAGCCAAUACCAAUGGCAACAAAGCUUAUAGCUUAGAGAAAUACAUUGAAGUUAUAAAAAAUUGGGAGGAUGUGGCUCGUUCCUACUACGAAGAAAAAAUAAGUCUCUCCAGCAACGAGUUUAUUGAGAUGAUGAUGAUCGAUGCUGCAUUCAUCAUUUACUUGUUUAUUUACUGUAGUGAAAGAUUUGGAAUUCCAAAGUUUCCUAUAAAUGAAAAGAUUAUAAAACAAGAUAUAUUUGUAGAAGAUAAUCAACUCCCAUUUUUUGUUCUCAACCUGUUAUACAGCAUAACAUUUGGUGAAGCUUACCCCGAGAUUUCCUUCCAGGAUCUUACUUGUAAUUAUAUAUCUAACAAUUCUGUUUCUGGACGUAUCAAACCAGCUACUGGUAAAGAGAAUGUUCUGAGAAACACAUCGGAAGUUAAGCAUCUUUUGGAUUUUUUGAGGGUUUGGCAUUUACCUUCCGAACUCGGAGACGGUAUAUAUAGAACUGAACUUACUUUACCCCCAAGUGCUGAAAAAUUGGAGGUUGCCGGAGUCAAAUUCAAGGCAAGUGAGAGUAAAUAUCUAUUGGAUAUUCGAUUUUCAGAUGGUGUUUUAGAGAUUCCACGAUUGACUAUGGAAGACAGUACGGAAGGUCUUCUUCGCAAUAUUUUAUUUUUUGAGCAAUGCCGUCAAUUUCAUGAUGUUUCUGCCAGUUCUUACUUUGUCGACUAUGUAUCGUUCAUUGAUGCGUUGAUUAACACUCGUGAAGACGUGCAAAUAUUAGUUCAACAUGGUGUAAUCAAGAAUUUGCUUGGGAGUGAUGAUGAGGUAGCUAAUGUCGUGAAUCAACUCCGCAAAAAUAUAAUGAUUAAUAAUCAUAGUUUCUACUAUUCUGAUAUUGCUGAAAAAUUGAAUGCACAUGCCAACACUAGGAGGAACAAAUGGAUGGCUAUAUUAAGGAAAGACUACUUCAAUCAUCCUUGGUCAAUCAUUUCCGUUGUCUAUUUGGCGAUUUUGCUUUUCCUUACCGUGUUACAAGUUUAUACUGGUUUUAAGCACUAAUUGUUCUUUGUUCAUCUACAAGCAAUGAAUUAGCUUCUACGUGCAGAUUCCAUAUUCCAGUUUAUUGUUGUACAAGACAAUUAGGAAUUUCUUUUGAUGCUUGUUUAAUGCUAGAAUUUGUUACAUUAAUGAUAUGUUGAUUGAACUUUGGUAUAUGUGAGCUAGUACAAGGGCAAAUCCAAAUAAAAUAGCUAUGGGGGUGCAAAAUUAGGCUCAAUUUAAAAAAAAAUAAUAAAAAUAAAGGAAUAA